CGGCCGCCAUGUUGUGGAGGGUGUUUUCCUUUCUCUUGCUUCCCUCAGUCAGUGUGUGUAAUGGAGAGGCACCCGGGGGUCGGAUCCGCACAGAAAAGCACCGAGAAAAUACCUGCCAAUACCAAAACGCUUAAACAGUAACAACAGAACCGUUUACUUCCUAUCUCUAAGAGUCAGUGAGAGCUUAAUUGCAGUGCCCGGUGGGAAGAAGGAGAACUGGAGGAAGGGGAAUUAGAAGAUGAUGGUGAGGAAGUGGAAGCUCAGGAGGAAUCCCAGGAGAAAAUCAAGAAAGAGAAAGGCGAAAAACAGGAACGGGAUCACGAAGAUGAUGAGAAAGAAAAGGAUAAGGACAAGUCCCACCGUAGGAUGAAGAGAAAGCGGAAGAAAGAAAGGGAAAAAGAAAAGAAGAGAUCAAAAAAGAAACGGAAAUCAAAGCACAAGAGACAUGUAUCUUCCAGUGAUGACUACACUGAUUAUAGUGAUGAGUCUGACUAUAGUCCUGGAGAGAAAGGAUACCGGAAGUACCGAGAAUACAGCCCACCAUAUUCACAGCCACCUUAUCCUGCCCCUUCAGGAGCCCCAUUACCAAAGAAGACGUACAUGAAAACUGAAAAGAUGAACUAUAACAUGUAUGAGGAGUAUGAGGAUGAUCAGUAUGUUGACUAUGAGGAAGAGGAGGAGGAAGUACCUGAGGAGGACGAGGAAGAGUAUGAUGAUUUUGCCAAAGAGUUAAGCCAAUACAGGAAGGCAAAGGAGGCUUCUCAGCAACAGCACCAACAUCAGCAGCAGCAGCAGCAGUCCCACAUGCCCAUAGGACACAACAGGGGCCGUGGCGCAUCAGGUCCUGGCAGAGGUGGUGGUAGAGGACGUGGUAUCCGAGGCAGAGGUGGCCGAGGAAGGGCGAGGGGACGGGGUGGAAGAGGAGGCAGAGGAGGAGCACAUGGCCAAGUACAUGGGCCACAAGGACAUGGGUCAGGGCCGGGGCAUGGACCACCAGAACAUGGACCUCCAGGGCAUGGGCCUGGGCCUGUGCAUGGGCCCCCGGGACAUGGCCCCCCAAGUCACGGGCCAGGAUCAGGACCAGGACAUGGGCCCCCUCCAUGCCAUGGACCUGGGCCAGGUCAUGGGCCCCCUCCGUGCCAUGGAUCUGGUCCAGGACAUGGGCCCCCUCCUGGUCACAAUCCUGGCCCAGGACAUGGGCCUGGUCCUGGUCAUGGACCACCAGGACAUGGGCCUGGUCCAGCAUAUGGAUCCCCUGCGCAUGGACCUCUACCAGGGCCAUCAUAUGGAUCCCCUGGUCAUGGACCUGGGCCAGGACAUGGACCACCGGGACAUGGACCGCCAGGACAUAUGAUGGAUCCCAUGGAUGAAUGUGACGACGACCUUUAUGAUGACGAUAUGCAGGAUUUCGGUGAAGAGAUGCAUAGGAGGAACAUGCAUGAUCUAGGACAUCAGCAGUGUGGAGAGAAGAAAGGGAAAGUACUCUGCAAGUUCUUCGUAGAGGGCAGGUGCUCAAAGGGAGACCAGUGCAAUUUCAGCCAUGAUUUAGGGCCACCCCGAAAGCGGGAGCUCUGCAGAUUUUACUACAAUGGAUUCUGCGCUAAAGCAGAAAAUUGUCUCUACAUGCACAAUGAAUUCCCUUGUAAGUUCUUUCAUACAACUGGAAAUUGUUACCAGGGUGACGAGUGCAAAUUUUCCCACAGACUUCUUACUGAAGAAACCAGGGAGCUGCUGGACAAGAUGCUAGCCAGUGAGGCAGAAGCUGGCGCAGAGGAUGAGAAGGAAGUAGAAGAGCUAAAGAAACAAGGAAUCACUCCUUUACCAAAGCCGCCACCUGGAGUUGGGUUAUUGCCCACACCACCCCGACCUCCAAUGCCACCUCCUUCGAAUAUUCCCAAUGCCCCUCGGCCUCCGAUGAUGGGGCCGCCUCCACCGCCUGGUCCCCCGCCACCUGGUCCCCCACCAAUAGGCCCUCCGCCUCCAGGCCCCCCACCCCCUGGACCACCAUGCCUGCCAGGUCAAAAGAAGAUCCCCUCACUCUUUGAGAUUGUUGUUCAACCCACUCCACAUCUGGCACAUAAAAUGGGAAUGAGGCCUCGGUUCCCACCACCGCCUCCUAGUUUCCCAGGGCCUCCGGGACCUCCAGGGCCACCAGGACCUCCCAUGGGUCCAGGACCUGCUCCAGGUAUGGGACCAGGACCAGGUCCCAUGCCUGGCCCAAUGCCUGGACCUGUGCCAGGCCCUGGGCCAGAGGAGAUGCCGUUAGGCCCUGGUAUGAAUCCAGGACCGCCAGUAGGACCAGGCCCUCCAAUGGCACCAUUCAUGCAAGGAGAUCCAGGAAUGAUGCCUCCUGUUCCUUCUGAACCCAAUUUCUAUGAUAACUACUAUCAACAGCCGGGAAUGCAGAUGGACCUUGGUCAAGAUGGAGAGGAAGGUGACUAUGAAGAGAUAGAUGAAGGAGAUGGCCAGCCAGUUCUGGUGCCACAGAUUGAGGAAAUGGAAGCUGAGGAGAAUGGAGGUGUCUCAUCCGGUCAGAAAGCCAAUGUAAAUAUCCCGGAUUUCCUUCCUGCGGCUCAGCGAGCACUUUUUCUCCGCAUCCAGCAAAAGCAGCAGGAGGAAGAGGAGAAGGCAAAGAGGAGAGCAGAGAGCAGCCAGCGGGAGAAGGAAAACGAGGAGGGUGAUGGUGAUAAUUGGUAUUCAAGUGAUGAAGAGGAAGGUGGAAGUAGUAUGAGCUCCAUAUUAAAAACACUCCGUCAGCAAUCUGCUACCAAGCCUCAAGUCCAAGCCCAGUGGGUGGCACAUAACAACGGUAACAGCCAGAGUGCUGUUGAUCCACGUCUUCAGAAGGAAAGGCAGUCAAAUGUGAACCGACCUGUGGAUCCUCGGAUUUCGAGGGACCCCAGGCUUUCUCGAAGCACAGAGAACACACCAGGAAGCUCUGGAUCUGAUGCAGCUGCUGCAGAAAGCUGGACUGGAACUGUGCCAAAAGCAGAUGCCAUUCAUCAGGCUGCCCCUGUCAAUGUAAAACCUCAAGCAGUAGUUAAUGAAGAGGAAGGCGAGAGGAUUCUGAGGGACAGGGCAGUCGCCAUUCCUCUUGAUCCACUGCCAGGUUCUUCACUGAGGGAUCCCAGGUGUCAGCUUAAACAGUUUAGCCAUAUUAAAAUGGACACCUCCCUGGGGAAACCUCAUUUUGCUAAAAGUGUUUUGUGGAGCCCAGAGGACCUGAUCCCACUGCCUAUUCCAAAGCCAGAUCCUGUUGCUGUUCCCGUGCCCUUCCCAGCAUUGGACCCCCGGUUGAACCGCUGUCCGCCAACUGGACCUUCGGACCCCAGGCAGCGCAUUGCUGACCCAGUAGUGGAACACCCCCAGCCAGCAUCAAGUUCUGCCCUUCCAGACUUGGGCUUAUUGUCCAGACUGUUGAAGAGUGUGGAUACUUCAGCAACCAAGGUGACUGCACAAAGCGACAAGCCUUCUGACCCCAGGAUGCGAAAGAUACCUGCUGACCCAAGAUUGCAGAGGUCCACUGCUGGCCUCCAGACCUCCAGCUCACAAUCCGGAAAGAUCGUGGAACAAAGUGAGCCCCCCGCUGCCCCUGUAGGGAAGGAGUUGGGUGCUGGUCUUGCACCAUAUGAUCCCAGGUUGGUUACUGUUGGUGGGAAGAGCAGAGGAGGAGGUGGGGGACAGAGCACUAUGCUGAGUGGCAUUAGUUUGUAUGAUCCAAGAACUCAGAGCACCCAGAGUGCAAAUGUCAGAAGCAUAGAGUCUUCCAGUGAAGGUAACCUUCAACUUAAAGGGUCGGAUGCCCCUAAAAGUACCAGUAAGCCGAAAGAGCCAUUGUUUGUAAGGAAAUCAGCGUUGGAUCAGCCGGAAAAUGAGAAGUCAAGUUCAGAAGCUUCCACAGACAGAUAUAAUAGUUACAACAGGCCUAGGCCAAAACCAGCCACUCCUGCUGCCCCCUCACAGGAGACGGGUCAGACGGGAGUGCACAACCUCCCAGUGCCAUCUCUGUUUGGACUGAUUCACCCGCAGUUCUCUGAGGUGAAGCAGGCCAGUAAAUCUGGCUCAGGUAGUCCUUUUGGUGGCAACAGCCCUCACGAGGAGAGCGAGCAGGACACAACCUCCCUGAAGGAUGUUUUUAAAGGUUUUGAUCCGACAGCGUCACCGUUUUGUCAGUAAAUUGUAAAAGGACAGUGAAUGCUGCAUUUAACCGUGUAUAUUUAACCUCACAGCAGGGGCUGGACACAGUGUUGGGCAACGUUCUAUCAUAUUCUUUAACUUUGUAAUUUAAUAUAGUGACAAAUGUGAAUAUACUUAGAAAGCAGUGAUAGAAUUCUCUGAGCUGAAGUUUAGUCAGUUCAGAAGACCAAUACCUGAAUCCAACAUGUGAUUCAGGCGAUUAGUUCAGACUCUUCAACAGCAAAAAAAGCAAAAAUGUGCUUUUUCCAACUAUUGGCUCUUAAGCAUUCUUUCUGAAAGAAAAGUCAUUCUGCCCAAAGAAAGGCGCUUGCCUAUGACAAGGUACCAAGUUCCUUCCGAUGUUGGAAAAUUUCAAGUAGAAAACAAGAUUGUUUUUUUUUAACAGGACUCAGUUUUUUAGAAGCACUGUAGUGUAGUUACAUUUAGAAGUUCAUAAUUGACAUCGAACGUGAAUAUACUAUGUUCUGAGUUGUGCAGUGACCCUCCGACACAUUCAAUUAAGAGUCUUGUUCUGUGGGUUCUUGAGUUUAUUUUCUCCUGCUUGACCUGGGGAUGAAGAGGUUGAGAGGCCAGGAUAUAUCAGUAUAUCAUAAAUAUGGCCACCUGCAACCUCUGCAACACCAGAUAUCCCCAAUCUGCAACUUCUAGCAAGAUUUCACACGAAUGGCUGUGAAACUUCCCAAGCAUAAACGAAGAGCCCUAUCAGAAAUGUUGACUUUUUAAAACAUGUAUUUUAAAAAUACAUGCAUAUAUGUAUAUAAACUGUACUCUUGAUAAACUGGGGGACAGAGUAUUCAAGAAUAACAGAUAACUUUUUUUAAAUCAAAAAAAAAAGUUUAUAAAAAAAAAACGAAGCACCUCGUGCAGCCCUUGGUCCCUGCUUCCCUGGAAACUGUGGCAAGAACUGGCCAUUGUUUGUGUGCAUUCCAAAUCGUGUCCAAAUUGGACAUGUGUGUCUUCCAGGUUACCAAGGCUUUCUCAAUUCAAGAAUUCCACUAUCCGUGACAUUUCCACAACAGGCUCCAAAUACUGUAUAUUGAAACAUUUCUUCUGUGGAGAAAUGAUACACAAGGUGCUGCUUUGUUUUACUUUUUGUUUUAAUCUCUUUAUAGGGUAAAUUUGUACAAAAUGCAGAGAGAAAGGCAAGCAUUCACACAGUUUUAGGCCUGUUUGUAUCUGUAGCUUAGGCACUGAGAAUCAGAGACUGAUGGAUUAGUGUAGAAUAAUCUGUGAAGAAAAUAAAAUGUUUUUUUCUGUUGUAAGGCUCCCACAUUUCCUAAAAUCCAGAUCAGAUGAACAACGACAAGAUAAUUUUGUUUUUUGGAGUCUGUGUAAAUAUGUAGGGUUUGCUGUUAAAAUUUAAACCGUAACAAAGUUUCCAUUAACACUGGACUAAUUCCAAUGGAAGAGUUUAAAUUAUUUUUUUACUCAUCAUCUGUAAGGUGUUCUGUGCACUAGUGCACCUAGCAGCAGCGAGCAAUUCUCCAGUUACAACGCUGUAAAUUUAAUGUUGUGCUUCCUUGUCAAAUGGUUGUAAAGUUUCAAAGUUAUCAAGCAAAUCCAACUGGACAAACCACCUGAAUCAGUCUCAACAAGCCACUUUCCAUCUUGCCAUGAGUUAUUGCGGGGCAAGUGAUAGAGCAAAUGCACUCCCAGCGGAUGCUGCUAAGUUAUCAGCAGGGGUGUGUUGGUGGGCAAGCCAGAUAGCUGAUAUAAAAAUAAUCUGUCAGUGUCAACAAGGUUUGGAUUGUGAUCAAGGGAUGUACAAACUAAUGUGUUCACUGCUAGCCUUAGUAGUUGGCAAUGCAGGGUUAGUUUGUGGGAUUGUGUGACUGACACAUGACUAAAAGCUGACAAGUAUGGCUAAGGUAUCUGCCUUGUUGAUGGGGGCCAGGGGGUGAGGAGGUGGAAUAUUCUGAUCAGGUAAUUUUAGGUCUACACUCAAAAGUAUCUGGACCAAAGGAAGUGGUGUUUUGGUUGGUUAGUUGGGAUGUGUUAGAAUCCUGUGGCAAUACAUAUAGCAUAGAUGAUGACUGCGAUAAGGUGUGGAUUUAUACCUAACACUAGGAUGAUAGAUAACCAUCUUUCCAAUAGGAAAACUGUCUCUGGAGUUUACUUGGCAAUGAUGCUGUCUAGAAGAGAGGUAGCUCUAUAGUUUGUGAGAUAGCAAUGACCUUAUAGAGUUCAGCCAAAUAUAUUUUUAUUAUGCAUUUAGUACAGUCAAUAACCUGUGGUGUACUCCAUUGGUGUAAUCAGUAUUUAUUAUACAAAGUUGUAACGCUGUUUGACCAUACAACACCAUUUAGCAACCAGUGUGAAGCAGCUGGCUGAUGUCACACAGUACAUUAUUCUAAGUUGUGUUUACAUUCUGUAUGACUUGUACAUAAUAUUUACAAUAUCUGAUAUUUUGAAUGUUUAACAGGUAAAAUCCAAUAUUGAGGUUCAGAGAGUGUCGCAAAAUGCAGGAGCACAGAUACCUUUAGAACCUGUUGAUCAGGCUCUCAGCUCUUUUAAUUUGCUUCCAAAAUAUUUGUUCUAUAUCACUAACAUUUUGGAGAUUUUGUCCUUUUUAAUAAGGUGUAUUUAUAUCUUUUAUGUAUAAAUUGUUAAGGAUCUGUAUAAAUUAUUUGCUCUUCUCCAUUUCAAAAA